UUUCGUUGCCAUCGUCUUUAUCUAUGGUUGCCAUUCCACCAGCUGACAGGUACCGUUUGACAGGCUGGACCUCGCAAAAUGUUAACCUUUGAUUUUUAAUACUUUUCUUCUGCUUUUCUGUGCAAAACGGGGCCAAAACGGAAUGGCAACUUGUCGCGGCCUUUUUGGCAUCUUAACCAGUCGGCACCUGCACAUCUACGUGGCCCCGCAGGUUGCAAAAAACCAGCGAUUCCUUCAUCGGUGCUUGCAGUGCAAGAGCAGCAAUGUUUUGACCAUCAAUGUGGCCAAUCAAUCGCAAAACCGUAAUCAGAACUUCCUGAAAAGGGAUUUCCACAGAAGCAGCUUUAAUGCUGCCAAAAAGAACUACUAUGAGAUCUUGGAAGUGGGGCGCAACGCCUCCCCUGCGGAAAUAAAAAAGGCCUACUACAAACUUGCCAAGCAGUACCAUCCUGACGUCAACAAAAACGACCCGGAGGCCCAGAGGAAGUUCCAGGAUGCUUCAGAGGCCUAUGAGAUUCUGGGAGACGAUGGGAAGCGAAAGCAAUACGACACAUGGGGCACUGCAGGGGAGCAAAUGGGCGGCAUGGGAAGUACGGGCAAACCCCAUGGGCCCCAAGGGUUUAGCCAACAUUGGGAGUAUCAGUCCACAAUUGACCCGGAGGAACUGUUCAGGAAAAUAUUCGGAGACGGAGGGUUCUCCAAGUCGCCCUUUGGGGACUUUGCGGAAAGCCAGUACGGCUUUGGAGAGUCUCAAGAAGUGGUUCUUCGCGUUUCCUUCUGCCAAGCAGCGAGAGGCACUAACAAAGAUGUUACCAUUAAUGUGGUCGACACUUGCCCAAAAUGUAAAGGAACGCGAGCGGAACUCGGCACCAAAGCGACGAAGUGCGCCUAUUGCAAUGGUACUGGUAUGGAAAACAUCACGACUGGUCCCUUUAUAAUGCGAUCGACCUGCAGGUAUUGCCAGGGCACGAGAAUGUACAUUAAGGAUAAAUGUAUCGAAUGUGAAGGCAAAGGCUCUACAGUUCAGAGACGCACCAUCGCGAUUCCAGUUCCAGCAGGUAUUGAGGAUGGCCAAACUGUACGCAUGUCGGUGGGACUCAAGGAACUGUUCGUCACAUUUCGCGUGGAUAAGUCCGAUUACUUCAAACGUGAUGGUGCUGACGUCCAUACAGAGGCGGCUAUUUCAGUAGCUCAGUCCUUACUAGGAGGCAGCAUAAGAAUACAAGGACUCUAUGAAGAUCAUGUGCUUCAAAUCAGGCCUGGUACGUCUUCACACACGAGAAUUAGGCUGUCAGGCAAGGGUUUGAAAAAAGUGAAUGGCUAUGGUAACGGCGAUCAUUAUGUGACUUUGAAGAUCAAAGUGCCGAGCCACUUGGACGAGAAGCAAAAGGCUCUAGCCCAAGCCUACGCUGAACUGGAACAAGACACUCCUGGACAGAUUUUCGGAAUUACGUACAACACCGAUGGUGAAAAAGCGAUCAGUUCGAGCAAAAAUCAGGCUCUGUUGGCGGCAAUCAGAUCAGCCCUGGAAGGUAAGCGUGGGACAACUAGUGAUGGGGUUCAGUUGAAUAAAGUUGAUGAUGAUAACAGGGAGAAACAAGUAAAAAAUAAACCGGACAACGUGAAAAGUGCCACCGACGAAGAGCACAGCGAUGUAGAGCAUGAAAAAGUGCAAAAGAAAAUUUAAGUUUUGAAAAAAAUUGCGAUCGGUUCAGUUAUUCCAAAGAAUAAACGGGAUUGUGUAUACUUGCAGUUGUUACAUUUUAUUAAAUUCAUAUAUUGCUUUGAAUAGAUCUUUUUUAGUUAUUUUUUUGUUUAGUUAAUAAACCAGCUGGGAAUGCUUCAGUUUA